GGGGUAGGGUUGUUGGGUGGGCCGUGGCGGAGCGGUUGUCUCGGGGGUUUCUGAAUGCCGACUGAGUAUUUCACGUCAGUAGCUGUGCGGUUAAGGUGUGCGUUGCCUCUGGGCGGGUGAGGCUGGAAGAUGCGCUUGGGGAGGUACUGGUGCGUGUGCGUAUGUAGGUAUAUCCCCCUUGCACGGUUUUCUUAUGUUCGAACAAUUAACUCCAUAAACGCUUUUUUUCUUCUGCAGCCUUUCCAUUGCGUAUGGAUCGCUCUGGGUGUGGAUUAGGAAGUAAGGAGGCUGUUUAGCCAUAGGUUCAUCUGGAAGUGUUGGGCAGCUUGUGGCGUGGAAGGAAGGGCAGCAACCAGCAUGGCCCUGGCAGCUGGUUAGCUGGCAUCCCACCCCCGUGCCCCUCGUUUCCACUGCCUUGGGUCAGAGACCGAGGCUCUGCCGACGCCAAGUCCCUUCCUGAAAUCUCGCACCUCUUAGCUGAAGCUAUAAUAAACUGCACUAGUUGAGGCUGUUUUCUUCCCACGCUAACGCACGUCCUUUUCAGAAGGACUGAAUGAUUUGUCAGCAAAACGCGUAGUCCCUGUCCCGUGUCAUACACCUAUAUAAGCAUUUAACGUGAGGAGGUUGACUGUAUCGGAAACUUUUAGAACAGCGGAGUAAUAACGCUGCAUGCUGGUUUAUUUUGCAACUUGAUCAGUUUUAUCUUUAUUUGCUUUAGUCUGCCUUAGGCUUCUUGCAGGAAAGAAAUUUCUGUUUGCUUCCACAUAAGGGAGAUUUGCAAUUCUGCCCAGCACUUACAGGCUUCCCUGUAGAGAGGGUUACUUUCUGACAGCAAUGAUGUCUUGUUACUAUUGCACUUAAUGGAAUACAUUUUGUGGCCAAAAUAGUUUGGGUUUUUGGGGUUUAGGGGUUUUUUUGAUCGGCUGUGAUUGAAUAUUUAUAGUUACUAGCUCAGAUGAAGAAAAAACUUAAUACUCUGAUUUCUUCUUGUAUAAGGAGAGGAUAGGUAACUAAUAACACAAUGGAAAUGUUUCUUUUUUUUCUCAGACUUUUGUUUGUUUCUUUUAAUCUUUUCAAUGUCCCCUUGAUCAAGGAAAGACUUGUAAGGUGAUUUACAAGAAGGUCAUUCUUAAGUGUGCCUUUAGCCUUUAAACAAAGAGGAGAUGUUCUUUUCACUGUAAUGUAAUCAGUGAUCUGUCACCUGCUUACUGCAGUUUGUAACUGAUUUCUGUUUAUAAGGUACUGUUUCACAAGGUACAGCUUACUAUUAUCAAAAGGUCCAUGGCUCUUUUACCGUAGAAUCAUGCAAUGGUUUGGGUUGGAAGGGACCUUUAAAGAUCAUCUAGUCCAACCCCCCUGCCAUGGGCAGGGACAUCUUCAACUAGAUCAGGCUGCUCAGAGCCCCAUCCAACCCGACCUUGAACGUUUUCAGUGAUGGAGCAGCCACAACUUCUCUGGGCAACCUGUUCCGGUGUCUCACCACCCUCAUUGUAAAGAAUUUCUUCCUUACGUCCAAUCUAAAUCUAUCCUCUUUAAAUUUAAAACCAUUGCACCUUGUCCUCUUGCUACAGGCCCUGGUAAAAAGACUCUCCAUCUUUCUUAUAAGCCUCCUUUUAAGUACUGAAAGGCUGCAAUAAGGUCUCCCCAGAGCCUUCACUUCUUCAGGCUGAACAACCCCAACUUUCUUAGCCUUUCCUCAUAGGAGAGAUGUUCCAUCCCUCUGAUCAUUUUCAUGGCUCUCCUUGGGACUCGCUCCAACAAGUCCAUGUCUUUCCUGUGCUGAGGACCCCAGAGCUGGAUGCAGUACUGCAGGUGGGGUCUCACCAGAGCAGAGUAGAGGGGCAGAAUCCCCUCCCUUGGCCUGCUGGCCACGCUGCUUUUGAUGCAGCCCAGCAUACGGUUGGCUUUCUGGGCUGUGAGCACACAUUGCCAGCUCAUGUCCAGGUUUUCAUCCACCAGCACCCCCAAAUCCUUCUCCGCAGGGCUGCUCUCAAUCCAUUCAUCCCCCAGCCUGUAUUUGUGCUUGGGAUUGCCCCGACCCAGGUGCAGGACCUUGCACUUGGCCUUGUUGAACCUCAUGAGGUUCACACAGGCCUACCUCUCCAGCCUGUCAAGGUCCCUCUGGAUGGCAUCCAUUCCCUCUAGGGUAUCAACUGCACCACUCAGUUGGUGUCAUCCGCAAACCCAGUGAGGGUGCACUCGAUCCCGCUGUCUAUGUCAUUGAUGAAGAAAGAUAUUAAACAGUGCUGGUCCCGGUACAGACCCCUGAGGGACACCACUCAUUACCGUUUCUACUUGGGACAUUGAGCUGUCAACUGCAGCUCUUUGGAUGCAGCCAUCCAGCCAAUUCCUUAGCCAUCUAACAGUCCAUCCAUCAAACCCAUAUCUUUCCAGUCCCUCACCUUUUUCUUAUUUUCUGUCUUCUGCCCUGUCAGCUCUGUAGCUCAUCAGAUCUUUUCAUAGGCCAAUUUAACUCACUAGAAUAGCAGAAAAACUUGUGCUUUAUUGAGUUUUCUACUGGUUUGUGCAUUCAGUUAGCUUGUGGAAAGUCUCAUGAGGAUGUGAGCUGUCAGGGAAGGUGGUGGGAGAAAGAAGAAGAAGACAAAAAAAAAAGAGACCUCCCCAUUCUGCAGCAGCAAGCCUUUAGAUCAACUCAUCUACUCAAGGAAACAUAACCAUAGCCUUAGUAAUUACAUCAGGUCCAUAGCAUAUUUUGCAUUACAUUUUUCAAGUAUCCAGGAUAAAAGAAGGAAAGUAGCAUAAAUGGUUUAAAACAUGACCCAGUAAGCUUGAAAGCGCAUUCUUGUGUACUUUCCCAUCUGUAAUGCUCCAGUGGGUUGUUUAGUACUUGAUACAGCAAUCUUUUAUUAAUUGGCUGUUUGUCUUGGCAACUGUUGAUCUGAUGCCUGAAUUUUGUACAUUGUACAAAGAUCACUAAUAACUUGCUGUAAUAUUACAAAUACUGAAAUGUACAGGCAGGCCACUUGGUACCACUCUGCUUAUCUAGUACUGGCAGACCUGUUUUAUUUGCUUAUUGUGUGUAUGUCUAUGAAAUAAAAGGACAAUUAAUAUUUUUUUUAAUGUUUAUUAUAUUCAUAAGUGCAAUAAAAGUCUUGGACUCCAGUACUAUAGUACUAUUGCUGGGUCAUCAUAGUUGCGGGAGGUAUUGUACAUCUCAGAACAGUAUUUAAGCUUUAAAAAGAAGAGCAGAAGUAACAGAGAACAUAACUGAAAAAAAUACUUGCUUUCCUCUUGAGAGGGAUGACAGGGAAAACAGGGACUUGCAAAGAAAUAAAUAUGUUUUAUAAAACCAAGGCAUGCUUAAAAAGGAAUAACCUGUGGGUUGUUAGUGUUAUUAACAUUUUUGAGUGUGUGUUGUAUUUAUGUGGUGAGAAAUUGCCUACAGUUCCAGUCAUGUGAUCUAUGUAUUUUAUUUACUCUGAAGAGCUGAGACUGCUCCAGGCCAAGGAAUUGACUAAAAGUCCCCUGAACAAGUUAGAGACAUUUUCUUACUAGCCAUAGCAUGGAGAGUAAAGUUGUUAUGUGUUUUAGUGUGGUUGAUAUCUGCACAACUUGUAAUUACAUAUUAAAAAAAAAAAUCGAGUUCCUGGCUAGACCAAAUAUAUGAUAAUAGAGUUGAGUCACAGUGCGAUAGUGCUGUUGCCACUGUGUGAAAAACUGGAGAGCUUGCCUUUCCUGUAUAGUCGAAAAAGUUUGUAUACUUUGAGCUAAUUCAUUAAUUUUUACCUUGAGUGAGCCUGGGACCAUGCUGUUUAUUGUACACCUUCCAACUCUACAUUGAAAACGAAAACUAAACACGCGCUCUAAGGCACGUGGGUUGAUAUUUGUAUGUUCUUACCUUCCCUUACAACUAUUAGUUUUAUAAGUCAAGGUAUACUGUCUUUACAUGCUGCAGCCCGGUAGUUCUGAAUAGUGCUGCUGAACACAUUGGAAGUGUCAAUAGGGCACACUGUCAUCUCAUUUUGACCCUCUCUUAAGUAGCCAUUGGGAACUGAUUUGAAACGAGUUGUUACAUUUUCCUACUGUGCUUUUUUUAUUCAUGCUCUGUUGGUUUUUAGCGUUCUGUCCAGUUCUGUAGGGUCUUUCCUUGCCCAGUAUUAUAAAUGGUUUUGGGUUGAACUGGUAUUUGCACAGGUCUCCAAGAAUGUCUUGGGAAUUUUUUUUUUUUUUUUUUUUUUGAAAGGAACUAUAAUCUGAGUUAGUGCUGUAGUGUAAGAAAGGGUUGAAAGGACAUCAUGGUGUGGGAGAGGAUGUCAUUCAGUGGAAGUGAUGAAAGGGGAACAGUCAUGGCAGAAGGAAAGCUAUUAUGUUCAUGACUUUGCAAUUCAACUCACCUUAACUUCCUCCCGCUUUUUAAAAGAGAUAUGUAUUUAUUCUAGUUAGUUCCAUUUGAAGUCAGCAGGGGCAGAAUUGGGUUCCUGUAGUUCUAAACCUCUGUGUUUUUCUGGCUGAUUCAGGGUGUAGUUAGCCUCAGUGCUAGUGAUGGAAUUGACUUAAGGAGCUGCCUUCUGAUGUGCAGCUGGUUCAUACUGAAUCUGUCCUCCGCAAAUGUGUCUGUGUGUAAUAUGUGAGAAAGGCAAAAUUUGGGCCUGAAUUUGAGAAAUCAUUUGAAAUGGAAUAGUUAAUGUCAUUUGUAAAAUAUGCAGUAGACUUACAUAGCAAUGAUACCUCUGGAAGAGCUUUAGUUUGCUAGGAAGUCUGUAACGUUGUUAAAAUAACAUUAGGAUAAGUUUCCAGAAAGUGGCAGUAACAGCAGAAUGCCCUUCUGUAGUUAAAAAUUGCUGUGUUUGCAGGAUGAACUUUUAAUAGUUUAUUAUGCAAUAAAUUCACUGUUUUGAAAGAUACAACAGUGGGGUUUUUUUGGUUGGUUGGUUUUUUUUAACGUUCCUCAGCAACCAUCUAUAACUGUAUGGCAUCUUACUGUAGCCGUUUUUAAAGAAGUUCAUUCUUUCUGAGGGUUAGACGCAGUAAGCUGAGAUGCCCAGGCAAGACAUCUACAUUUCUGCCAAGUAUAGUGUACUUGGAAAAUAUGUGAGACCUUGUAGAGUGCAAAGAAUAGAUAAGCUUGCAAAUUUAGGGCCUAAAGCUGUUAAACCUAUUAUGUGACUUAAUUUAAAGUUUAGAGUUAAUAAUCUGCGUUAGAAAAUAGGUAUUUUCAGUUAAGAAAAUACUCUUCUGAAUUAAUUUCCACAGAAUAUACAGGCUGCGUUAUUGUUGGUAUUUUUUUUUUUUCCCCAAAAUUUAAUCUAAUUUUUCUUUAAUUGUUUUAUUCACUUCUUAUUUUUCAGGAGUCUUUGAAAAAUCCUUAGUGGUCAUGACAUUGUAACAAGUGACAUAAAUUAGCCAGUGGCUCAGAAUGAUGGAUACCCAGAAGACUACAAAUGGUUUGCAAGUGAUUGGAGAAGGGACUGGUAUAGGGAAAUCGACACUCCACAUGGUGGGGUAUUUGGGAAAAAACUGUAAUCCUGUGGAAACAACUGCACAGGAAUAUUGUCCAGUCUGCAAAGAGAAGGGCCAGAUCCAAGUUUUACGGACUUACCGCAUUAAUUUUCAAGAGUCCAUUUUUCUUUGUGAAAAUCCUCAGUGUAUCUACCCACUUGGUUAUAAACCAUUAAACAGCAUAAUUACUUCUGCUGAUUCAGAAAAUCAUCGAGUUUCAUCUACUGAUAAGAAAAGGAAAUUAUGUAACAUCAGUGACUUUUCUCCUGUUCAAUCACAUCCAAAAAAAGCAAGAACUAAUAAUGUGGUAGACAUUGAGCAUACUAUUAAUACAGACCCUGUUGUUAAAUGCUAUCAGAAUAGCUUAUGUAUUCCCAAGUCAAGCCUACAUGAUGUGUUACAAAAUGACCAGCAGAAACCUAGUAACAAUGUGGAGUCCUGCCUGCAGAAGGUGGAUUUUGAAACAACCACCAACGCCAAGGACUAUCAAGAAAGUCCACCUCAGACUUCUAGUUGCAGAACACAACUCUUGCCAAAUUCUGAACUUUGCUCAACAACAUCAGAAAUUUUGCUCAAAGAUGGUGAAGGUUCCACUAAUAACACAGAUUUAUGUCUUCAGUGGAGAAACGUGCAUAAUCUUUGUUGGUUAGAUUGUAUUUUGUCAGCACUGGUACACUUAGAAACAUUAAAAUUUGCUCUAGCAGAAGACUAUAAUGAUGGAAAAUGUUUGCUCCAGAAACUCUUAACAAAAUAUAAUCAAGCAACUGUGCUUCUGAAUACCUGUAAAAGGAGUAAAGUAAAAGAUGUUCUUCCAAAAGCAGAAUCUCAUCUCAAUGAAAUCAGAAACAGAAUGUUUACACAGCUUCAGCCUCAGCUUAAGUGUGAACUAGGUCAGAAGGACAGUCCAGUGUUUGCACUCCCUCUACUCUUACAACUGGAUCAACAAGCUGAGAAACUAUUCUUGCAUUCAUUUUCAUGGAAGUUUGAAUGUGUAUGUUGUGGCUACAAAUACCAGGACCGAUUUAGGAAAACACUAACAACAUUCACAAAUAUAAUCCCUGAUUGGCAUCCACUUAAUGCUGUUCAUGUUGGACCAUGUAAUAACUGUAGUGAUAGAUCUCAAAGAAGACAGAUGAUUUUGGAAAAAGUACCCUCAAUAUUAAUGUUCCAUUUCGUAGAAGGCUUGCCACAUAACAACCUGAAGAACUAUUCAUUUCAGUUUGAAGAAGACACCUACCAAAUAACCUCUAUUAUUCAGUAUCAAACAGAUAAGAAGCACUUCAUAACCUGGUCUUUGAAUCCUGAUGGAACUUGGCUUGAGUGUGAUGAUUUAAAGGGGCCAUAUUGCAAGAGACAUAAAAGAUUUGAAGUUCCUCCUUCAGAGAUUCAUAUUGUUAUCUGGGAAAAGAAAACAUCCCAUGUGCCAGAAGAACUGAAUUCACAGUUCCAGAGUAAAAACACUGAAGAUUUUCCUUUUAAUAAUGUACACUCAAAUUCCACAGCGUCGCACUGUGGUUUUGAUAACACUGUAGACAAAAUACCUGAAGAACAUCGCAAAGAGAAUUCUGUGAGAACUCCAGAUAAGAAACAGCAGCGGGUAGCUGAGGAUGAAAGUAUUGUACAUCAUGGUUUAGGAAAUCUGGCACAUGAUGAUCUUGUAACACUGAUGCUUGAAGAAAUUCAAGUUGACUCAGAAGGUAAAUCGCUGCUGAAUGGACAGAUGGUGGGAAAUAACCUUGUUGUUGAAGUGGGCACACUGCAACAGCAGGAAUCAGCUUUUUCAGCUAACACUCCAUAUACAGGAGAGUUUGCUGCGACUAGUCUAGCUAUGAACAAUAAAUGCGCGUUAUAUGAAAAUUCCAGCAUUUGCUUACCUCUAGAAGAGUUGAAUUCAGCAAAUAUUACUUCUCCGGUGCCCAAAACCCACGACUCCAACCCAUCUGACUCAUCGCUUGCUCAAAGAAUAAAUAACAGAACUAAUUUACCUAACAGAGAACAUGGAAUAAAUUCAGAACUACAGCUAAACACGAAGUUGUCACCAGUAGAGAAUAUUAUACAAAAAUCACCUGACUUGAAAGAUACAAGCAAAAUUGUAGUUAAUUCUCAGGUUGCCAAUUCUUCUUCUUCCAAUAAUUCCUUUCAGCCUUCACACAAAGACCAAAAAAGAGGAUUUGUAGGAAGCUGGGUAAAGAAAUUAUUAAGCAGGAAUACUUCUUUCAUGCCUUCAAGUGCCUCAGCUCUCAAGAAUGAGAGAACUUGCAAAACUCCCUCAAUGCAAAAAAUAAGUGAAGUGCGGUUGCCAGUUAAGGGAGCAAGUAACUUUGGUGGAUUUCAAAGCAGAAGUACAAACAAAACAACUGAGACCCCGACGUCAGUGGUUCCUCAGAGUAAUAAUACUCAUCCUUUAUCAAAUUUCAAAGGAUUUUCUCAAAGCACUCGUCUUCCAACAGCAAGUCAUACCACUAUUGAAGGUCCAACUUGGAAUAAGUCAGGAAGUACGUUGGGUACCUCAGGUAAAGUGUCUCAGUUCCAUUCACCUCGCUAUAAUUCUGGGAAGGCAGAAGAGUCAGAUAGUGACAAAACGAAAAAACUUCGCCUAAAACUGUUAAAAAAACUUAAUGCUAAAAAGAAGAAGUUGGCUUCACUGGAUAGGCUGGCAGUGGAACAGAUGAAACAUGAAAAACCUGUGAGUAGAGAUGUAAGCACCCCAUCACAGACUGAAUCUCACAAUGACAGUGAAUUAUUGCAGAGCUUUUUAAGGGAACUGCAGUAUCAGAUUGAUGUUGCAGAUAAUAAAUCUGAAUUUAAUGCGAACUCUGUAUCAGGGUGCACUAGCCAUAAUAACAAUGAUGAAAUCCUGGCAGAAUUACUGUCCCCUACUUCAACUGUUGCUUCCUUAGAGGCUCCAAAAAGUGAAGAUGAAUGUAUGUAUAUGGAAAUGGUGGAUAGCAGUGUUGCAACAACAGCAUCCGAUGAGAAGACCAGUGUACCACAAGCAGCAAUGACAAGCGAGGACCACAAUUAUUACAGUCCUGUAAAGGACAGUAAUUUGGAACUUCAUACAAUAAGCAAACCUAGUGUGAAAAAACUUGCUUUUGAAAGUCCUACUAGGGAGGAUAUCCUUGAAGACCUGUUCUCCAUUUCAGCACCAAGCUCAAUGGCAGGUGACAUAGAUUUACCUCAUUUUGAUGAAACUCUGUUUGAAACUUGGUAAAUAUUCACUUUCUUGGUUUAUAAGUACUUUUCAAUAUUAUGUAUAUUUUGAAACAAAGCACUAUUAAAUUAUAUUUUCUAACUAGUUUAAUUGCACACUGGCUGUACUUGAACAAUUUACAUUUGAGGUUUUUUUUUUUCUUAAAAUCUUAUUGUAGCAGACAAGGUUUUAAUGCAUUUUAUUUUUCUGAGAAACAGUUAUUUUAGCUGUCAGAUAUCAUGAUGACUUUUAAUUACAAGCUCCUAUGAGUCUUGAUUUUUGCUGCUUUUAAUAUGGAAAACUUAUCCAUACUCUACUGAGUUUGAGAAAUAAUAAAAUUCAGUAGUCUUGGUGAUGUAAUGGUGUAAGAAGUAUUAUUUAGGUAGUAGUGGUUUAUUUUACAAGAUCACCCAACUCCUGAAGUUAUUUUGUCUGACAUUUAAAAAAAAGAAAGAAGUACCUUCUGUAAUCAGGGAUGUUUGUAUCCUUUGAUAAAAAGAUCAUUUGCAACACUAAACUUGAGGUGGGUAUUCUGUUAGGAACUCUACUCUUCUCAGAAUUACUGUUCUACAAGCUCACCCUGAUGUAUACACCCCUUGGAUCCAAGGAAGGAUGGACACGUGGUAGAAAUUUUCCUAUUUAAUGUUACAGCAUGUACUGAGUUUAUGUCCUGGGUAACUGAAAAUAUAAUUUGGCAGAAUAUUCUUCUGAGCCAGGUUAUUUUUUAAGUAAAAUUAGUAAGAUUUGGGCCAGAGUUUGCAGCACUAAGAAAGAACAUCAGAUGUAACUUUUAGUUAUUCAUAGCUGCAAAUUCACUAAAAAAAGAAAUGUUUCUAAGAAUUAAAGUUAACUGUACGUUAGCACCCAUUAGUGUUGUCACUAGGAGUUUUUCAUGGCUAGAGCAGUGCAUCCCUGUCCAUAUGUGACAGUGCCAAGGAGAAGCAAGGUCAAUAGGAAGAAAGUAAUGGAAAAUGUGGCAAGACAGCGGUGAGUAAGCAGAGGGAUUCACAUCUGGGUGUUACUGGAUUUGUAUAGCGCUUGUUCUGCUAGAUGGGAGUCUCUUUUAAGUUCAUAGACACAUUGCUGAGGGUAUUGUAUGCUAAAUAAGAUUAGCUGUACAUUUUUCUUGUACUCGGAAAUAACAAGGAUUUUAUCAGCAGGUCUUUGUUUCAGCCAUUUUUUUAAAGGUAUUCUGCAUUUUUUCAUUGUUUUAGAUCCCAAGUUCAAAACAUUAAGUCCUCAGUCUUACUCUUCCAAUAGGUGCAGUUGAACAUAAUUGUUACUAGAAGGCACGGCUACAGAUUUAAAUGGUCUUGGAUUGCUCGGACCAGGUUCAAAAAGUGUUUGAAAAACUGUCAGUGGGACUGAACUCACCUUGCCAAGCUAUUUCUGUUGCAAUUACAUACACGUUUAUCAAACUGGCACUUCAGACAAUGAAUGGUUUCAUUCUUGAAAUAUAAGUCUUUGUAAAGAA